AUGGCGCCACAAGACCCUGACAUCGAUCGGCACACGGUGCCUCCAAGCAGGAGCUCCAAAAGUGGUUCUACUGGAGAUGGAAGUGGGAGUUUUUCAGGAAGAGAGGAUGGAUUAAGAGAGAAGGGAGAGGGAUCUGUUGAUGAUGCGGCUGGCGAAACCAAGAAAAGCCGACACACGAAGAAGACUGAGCCGCUGGAGAACGAGGAGCCGCUGGUGCCUGAAAUCAAGGAAGAACCUCAGAACGACGGCCAGGAUGACGCUCCCGAGGCGAAGUCACCCCUGGUUACGUUUAAGAUCCGGGUGGUGGCUCGAAAGGUGGCUUGCGCUGUUCUCAGAGUGCUCAAGUCGGUGUGGCUAGCUUGUGCCUUCUGUUUGGCCAUCAACAUCGGUCUUUUUAUCGUGGAAAGUAUCAUGAGUCAACAGGUGGGCACCAUUGUUGCCGUACCACUCAUCAGCGCCAUCUUUACUAUCAUUGUGGUGGUGAUGGAGGUGCUUCGGCGCCAGAGAAAGUUCCAGAAUUUGGUUUCAAAGAAGGGCAUUUACCUCCAGCUUUGGUCUGCCUUCAAAUACGGCAUGGUGAUUGUCUACUUGGGUCUCUCAAUUGGUUACAUCGUCACACUCAUCACUGGUACCAUCAAGAAUCCACUCAUACUAGAUAACGAUACCCUUAGCGAGCUCAAUCUUCUGUUUUCAAACCGUGUCACUAUCAUCAUUUUGUCUAUUGUCGCUAUGUUGGCAAACAUACUCGUUCUCGUCCAUGUGUGGGAGGUCUCAAAAAAGGGCAAGGUUCAGAUCUUGAUUGUCAUUGCAUGUCUUGUCAACUUUAUUAUCAGUGUUGCCGAAAUCAAAAUCAGCUCGAAUGCUAACAAUGACAUGAUUUGGGAUCACGAAGACGACAAAUACACCUUGCCCAUGAUCUACAUAUACACGGAAUCCUUUUCCUUAUGCGGUUCCUUGAUUGGCCUCUCUGUUGGUGCUAUUGUCAACGAAAGAAACAGGCUUUCCGAUACCGUUGGCCAGUUUCUUUUCUUACAUGAUGGUUUUAUGAUCGUCUUGGCUGUUUUGAGUUUGGUCAGUGCCAUAGAUUCAAUUGUUCGCCAGCAUGUCAAUGGGUACCUGGUUCCCACGUCUUUGAACGUCUUUUACUUCUACACUUUCGUGCUUUGCCUCCUUCUCAUUUCGUGUUCUCGUUACUUGAGGUCAAGACGCCCUCCUUCUUUUGAUGUCGAAGAGCUUGACCUUUCCCGCCUCACUGAAGCCCAAAAAUCUGCUUUCGCUAAGCUCAUCACAUACAACAAAACAGCAAAUCCUGAAGUUUCCGGUGAGUCAGUUAUCGCCAUGAUGGAGGCCUAUAGCAAAAGUCCACUAGAAAACAUGCAUUGCACUGUUUUGAGAGUUUACAAAUCGGAGAGGAUAAAACAAGAAGAGAGGGAUCAGGCACAAGCAGGUCUUGCUGACCUUGAUACCUGGGAUGUGAUUGAUCGUGAAGGUACCAUCUUUGAUGAAGAAGCUACUUUGCAUGAGGAGCCAAUAGUAAAGGCCCCUCAGCCAAUGUCCAAAAACAAAAGGAAAAAGCUUGCAAAGAAAGCUGCCGCUGGCGGCGCUGACUAUCCUUUGGAAUGUCCUACAGAUCAGGAUAUAAAGGAGCAAGUUAAGUUCCAUUCAGAUUUGAUGGCUACUGAAGCUCUUGUUCUUUUCACGACCAUUGAGGCAUAUGACUUGACAGCACCAUUGACCGGAAAGUUUGGCAGAUUCUUACAAAGGAACUUUGGCAAAGAGUCAAAAUCCCAACUUCUUUGCUUCAGAAUAGGUCUCCUUGGUUUCCACUGGCCAUUUGUCAGAUCCACCUUCUAUUGUCAGAACUCAGACAAGCCAGUAGCAAGAAGCGCUGCUGUUAUGCAUGCAUUAGGAAAAUGGAAUAAGAAAAUGGCUUCUUCCCAGAGAUGCAGUGUCAUGAUAGAUCCUACUAUCACAAACACCCCUGCUGAACAAGCUAUCCGACUCGGUGGCUGGUACAACAUCAACCUUCCCGCAUCUCAUAUCAUUAACAUGAAACCCCACAAAGGAAAGUCUCUCACCGACUACUUCAAGGCAGUUAAGUAUAGAAGUCAGGAAGCAGAGUUUAAGCGCUCACACGGUGAAGUCAUUGAAAUCAAAGAGCCCACUGACGAGCACUGUCAAACAAUAGUUGACCUAUGGGAGAAGAUUGCAGAAGGAAGGUCCGAAGGAGGUUACACUGCAACCUUGGCAGCCCCAAACAAAGAUUUCAUCAAGCUGAUGACUGCAAAUUCUAAUAACAAAUGCGAUAGGACUUUACUUUUCCUUAAAGUGGAUGGAAAAGUGAUAGCGUCAUGUGUAUUGUUCAGGAUUGGCGACACAAUUACUUCAGAUAUUCAAGGUUUGGACCACGAACUCGCAAGGCCAAUGAAGGGCUACUUCGUUAUGAUGCAAGAAACAAUUGCAAUUGCACUCAAGGAAGGGAAAGAUUUUGUCGAUUUCGGUCCAACCACAGAGAAAGCCAAACUAAGUAUCGGCUGUAAGUCUGUCCCAUUAACAGGAGCUUUGUUCACCAAUUUCCCCUUAUUAUCGUUUGUCGUUUCAAUCGCUGCUGCACAUAAUUUUAUUGUAACCGAGCAUGACUUGAGAAGGGAGACAGCUCUCCGUUCCGAUGUCAUUUCUAAAUCCUCGUCUUGUCAGAUGAAGGAACCACUGUGCUUCUGUGUUCUUGGAAGUAGAUUCCACAACUCUUCUGCCUGUAUCAUCAGAAUCAGGUUCACCAAGUCCAACUUAUUAUAA